GCCGGCCACUCGUCAUUUCGAUGUAAUAACGAGCAGUCGUGUCGCUACAGGGCUCAUUGUAGUUCACACGAAAGCCCUUAAUAGUGCCUUUUCAAAUGUAGUCCUUUCGUAUUAAUCUGCGCAAAGGCUUUAAUAUCUGAAUUUCGAGAGGAAAAUCGAUGAAACCAUCAGCAGCGGUCUAGAUCACUAGUCGACCGUCUUCCACAGUCUACGCGAGUGUCCUAUCCCGAUGGGUUGAGAACGCCGAAAUUUUGUGAUAGUGGUCACACCACUCACGCUAUAUAAAAGGGAAAUUAAUUGAGAAAUUGGUGCUAAAGUACACCUUAAAAUACCUGGCCGAAGAGCUAUAACCAAUGAAGACUCCGAGCGCAGCAUUCGGAGCACAAUCGUCAUCUGUACCGUGAACACCUGGCCCUACCAUCACAAUUUUGAUGGUCACUCUCCCGCUGGAGAAAAUUAUCUACACGCACUGUCACUUCAUUAUUAUUAAGUUUCUAAACAUCUUCUUUAUUUUGUAGUAUAUUUAUCUAUUCAUUUUAUUUCAACUUGUAAUCAGUUUGAAUAAUGAGCAAGAUUUUAAAAGUCGUAGGAGCCUCAUGGCUCCAGACUAAGAUUAGCUCCUACAUCCUUGGGAUUCUCGGCAUUCUAUCAAUCUUGGCCCUGUUUGUCGGACAAAUUGAAAGAAUUCAGGAAGAUGGGAAUUAUGCAGCUACUGUGUUCUUUUCUAAUAAAACUGGAUAUCGCAUUGAGUACUGGGGACAGAGUAACGAACUGACUGACAUUCCUCGAGGAGUAGCACGCGCAUACUUUAGAAUGGACAUUGAUACAACCGGCUGGUCUCUCCUGGAAAUUGAGACUGACCCGUCAUAUUCUGAUGAACACCAAGCUUAUGCAGCGGGCAUUGUCGAAGGAGCUCUUACCUGGUCCUUGAUCCACUCACACAUAGAGAACACCAUUACAUCGAAGUGUGAGGAAGAUUCAUCUGUAAUGAAACAGUGCAACAAGUUCAAGGACGCUCUCGACAAGUCGGUUGAUAUCUGGAAGGCGCAUGCUGCAGAAAGAAGUGGAGAAGACCCGUUUUGGCAUCAUGUAUCUUUAUACUACACCCAAAUAAGCGGUAUAUUCACCGGCUGGAAGCAUGGUGUUGAUCGCAGUAUGAAAGAAUAUGAAACCGACAUCUCAGACUUGUAUUGGCUAAACUCCGUAUCAGAAGCAAUAGAAAUUCAACGCAAAAUGAACAUAACAUUGGAAGAUGAAGGUUUAGAAGCUAUUCCUCAUCCAUCCAGUGCCUUUUUGAGAGUUGUUGAUGAUAAAACAAGUGAUGGGACUCCCACUAAGAAGCUCUAUGUUUCGCAAAAUGCGGCUGGAAGCUAUUCAUCAAUGACUCGAAUCCUAAAGAAGUAUAAAUUAAACUACCACAAGACAGCUAAAGACGCGGAUUUAGUUUCUGGGACAUCAGUCCACUUCUCAGGAUACCCGGGUUCCAUCACUAGCCAAGACGAGUUCUACAUCGUGAAGGGAGAAAACCACAGGUUGGCCGUCACUGGAACUGCUCUUCGAAACUAUAAUCCAAAACUGUGGAAGGAAGUUAAUAUUACUGAGCAAGUACCUUUGGGUCCAAGAGUGUCAGCAGCUAAUCAUCUGGCGACUAACCUGAGCUCAUGGGGUCACAUUCUGGCGACCAGCAACUCUGGAACAGCGAGCAAACAAUGGCUCAUUGUAGACUUCAACCGAUUCGACCAUCUGCAUGCAUUAGCGCCACGCCCUGUGGUUACUGAACCUAUCCGGAAUGAAGUCGUCACUGAAAGCACUGUAGACAAGGACGUCAGGCACAUAGUAGUGUACCGAAACAACAAUGGCCACUCAAAGGGUCUGCUAGCACUGGUUGAACAAGUUCCAGGGCGCACACACUCCGCAGACCUGUCUGACGCUUUCUUGGAACAGGGCUACUGGGCUACGUAUGGAUUACCCUUCUUCAAAGAUAUAGCAGAAAUAACACACGUCAACAAAAUGCAAGAACAGUACGGCAACAUCUUUUCCGAAACGGAGUCACCUCGAGCGUUACUAUUCAAGCGAGGUCAUCAAAACGCCACGACAUUAGACAGCAUUAUGUCGCUUAUGAGACAGAAUAACAUGACUGAGGCAAAUAGUACGACCCGUGAUGAUAUUGAUGAUUGUGAAGAUGUUGAUGAUGUUGGCUGUAUACUUCGAGAGCGAGGCUACUGGUCGGUCGUAGGAGUUAGAGGGGACAUCACCAGUUAUUACAAAGAACCUUAUGGGGUUAUCGAUACAAAAGUCGUCAGUGGAGCCCUAAAUGAGACAAACUUGGACUUCUUCGCGAUAUCCGGACCACCGUACACAGAAAUCCAGCCCAACAUAACUAACACACGUAUAAACAAAGGUAACGUUGCACCAAUCUACACAGAACUGAUAAACAGCAAGAGUAACAUGAGCGGAAUUGAAAUAAGGGACAUGGUGAUACAUCAACAGGAGAAAGCAGCCGAAGACAAACUGGAACUUCUUAACAAAGACCUAAUAAAACCUUUUGACUGGUCAGAAAGUGAAUUCAAAAACGACACACAUAACGGUCUACCUGACAGGUGGGCAUUUAGCCCAUACGCGCCUAAAUGGUCGUGGUGAAUCUCCAAGUCAAUUUAUCAUAUCGUUUUUCAUAAUAAUUUGUUUUAAUUUAAUUUUAAGCCCCGAGUUCAUCACUUCCAACUAGCAAAUAAGAUAAUUGGGACUAAAAUGUUAGUAACCCUUUUUUAAGUUUGACAAAGCAAUAUUUUGUUUUUUUAUAGAUUCGACGCCAUUCCGUUUAGACUUCAAUCAAAGG